ACUCCGUAAUUGAAGGAGUCUAUCAGUGAGCAACUUUCACCUUUCAACCGAUUCCGUCCGGCGCCUAUUCCUUGGUCGAUCAAUCCCAUCAACUGUAUUAGUAUCUCGCAUACAUCCAAAGAAGGCUCUUAUUUGUACCAUCCUGCCUCUUCUUUACUACUGGGCAAAUACUACAACAUCAGCAUUGCUGUAAAACCUUACUGUACAAACUCACAAUGUCCGUCUCCGGUCCUGCCCCUGGGCAAACAGAAGCCCAAUGGCGUCAAGAAAUUCAAGCAAGAGUUGGAAAAGAUGAACGUCCUCAAACCGAUGACGUUUUGAAAACAAAAGGAAACGAUUUUGAAGAUUUUUAUUUGAAAAGAGAAUUAUUAAUGGGUAUCUUUGAAGCAGGAUUUGAAAAGCCAAGUCCAAUUCAAGAAGAAGCAAUCCCAAUCGCACUAACGGGUAGGGAUAUUUUGGCAAGAGCAAAGAACGGAACAGGUAAAACGGCAGCAUAUGUGAUCCCCUCAUUAGAGAGACUGAACCCAAAGAAGGCUCAAAUUCAAGCAGUUUUAUUGGUUCCUACCCGUGAAUUGGCAUUGCAAACCAGUCAAGUAUGCAAAACGUUGGGAAAGCAUUUGGGUAUCGAAGUGAUGGUUACGACAGGAGGAACUACAUUAAAGGAUGAUAUCAUCCGUCUUUCACAACCAGUUCACAUUCUUGUAGGAACGCCUGGUCGUAUUUUGGAUUUGGGAGGAAAGGGAAUCGCGGAUUUGAGUAAUUGUGGAACAUUUGUUAUGGAUGAAGCCGAUAAGCUUCUAUCACCGGAAUUUACACCUGUCGUUGAACAAUUGCUAGCGUUACUGCCAAAGGAGAGACAAGUUAUGCUUUUCAGUGCUACUUUCCCUAUCAUUGUCAAGGAUUUCAAGGACAAGCAUAUGGUUAAGCCAUAUGAGAUUAACUUGAUGGACGAAUUGACGCUGCAAGGUGUUACACAAUACUACGCUUUCGUCGAAGAAAGACAAAAGGUUCACUGCUUGAACACACUUUUCAGUCGCUUGCAAAUCAACCAGUCGAUCAUCUUCUGUAAUUCUACCAAUCGAGUGGAGUUGUUGGCAAAGAAGAUCACGGAUUUGGGAUACAGUUGUUUCUACUCUCAUGCAAAGAUGUUGCAAUCUCAUCGUAACCGAGUCUUCCAUGACUUCCGCAACGGUGCUUGCCGUAAUUUGGUUUGCUCUGAUUUAUUGACUCGUGGUAUUGAUAUUCAAGCAGUCAAUGUGGUUAUCUCGUUUGACUUUCCAAGAAAUGCAGAGACUUAUUUGCACAGAGUUGGUCGUAGUGGUCGAUUUGGACAUUUGGGUUUGGCAAUCAAUUUGAUCACGUAUGAAGACAGAUUCAACUUGUACCGAAUCGAACAAGAAUUAGGAUGUGAGAUCAAGCCUAUCCCAAGCACGAUCGAUAAGAAGUUGUACGUUAACCCAAGCUUGAUCACAGAAGAAGAAGAGAAUGUGAAGAAGCAAAAGAACGGUGUAAAUGGUCAACAAGGAGCACCAGUCAUUCCACCUACCCAACAAGCAUUCAUCAAUACAACUAUUCCACAAAGUCAAGAUUUCACACAAACAAAGCCACACAACCGAAAUCGUGGAAGAGGAGGUGGUCAACAACAACAAUCCUCUCAACAAGCAAACCCGCAACAACGGGCGUGAAGAUGUCUUUCCCAUUUUAUACUCUCCUUUGUUGAUCCUCAUCACGAUCAUACAUCGUACUAUGCCAAUACAAUCAAUCCCCCCAAUAUUUGCAGCACGUGUGACAGUAUGAAUAAAAGCGAAGGACAGUAUGAGUGAGUGUAGCAGCUUGAUUGCCGAGAACACUCACCCCAUCGUGAUCUUGACGUCGAUUUUUAAACGCGUAAAAUGACGUAGGACAUAAGCAAGCCCAGAAAAAAAAACAAUAGAGUGAAAAAGUUAACUCUUGAACCCUUUUUACGCCAAUUUUAUGCAAGUCUUUUGCAUUUCGGCAAUAAAAAACAAAAAAAAGUAAUGUACAAGCUUGUUUU